AUGCGGAUAAAACAGAUCACUGGAGCUGACGGGAAGAAUGAACGUGUGCAGACACGAGGUAAGCGAGUCUGUGCCCGUGUCCUGCAAUUCAGCUCCACGCGUAUCAGGCCACCACACUGCCACCUGUUUACUUACUAUGUCAGAUCUGAUCUUUCUCUUAACCUUCCUCAGGUUCAGGGAGCAAGUUUCCGAGGCUGGAAAGAAGUGACUUCUCUGUUCCACAGAGACGACGAGCAGCACCUGCUGGAGAGACGCACAUCCCCCAAGUCUAAAGGAACUAACCUACGAUUAAAGGAAGAGUUGAAGACAGAGAAGAAAUCUGGAUUUUGGGACAAUUUGGUUUUAAAACAGAAUAUACAGUCUAAGAAACCAGAUGAGAUUGAAGGUUGGGAGCCUCCAAAACUUGCUCUUGAAGAUGUGGCAGCUGAUUCAGGUGACACCUUGAAUGACCGUGUGUCUCGGCCAGGCUGGGAGGAGGACGGCAAGGCCUCCACCAAGUACAGCAGCCUGGCCAGCUCAGGAGGCAGCUCCCGCUGGAGCCUCAAGUCGGCUGGGAAGCUCGUCAGCAUCAGACGGCAGAGCAGAGGCCACCUGACAGACCACUGGGAGGAGCUGGAGUGACAUGGCAGAGGAGGCAUGGUGACAAGUCCACAGUUCCCAAGUAUUUUCAAACCAAAAUUUGCCUGAUAAUUGCACCUUUGUGUCUCAUUUCAUUCAGAUUCUUAGAGUUUGUCAUAUCAUGUUUUAUUAGUAUAUCAAGUUGUUUAGUCUUUCCCUUAUAAAAAAGAGUGGAGAAUCUACUCUGUGCCUAUAUUUCAUGUUUG